AUGGCGUGGACCCAAUAUCAGGGCUUAAUGAUCGACAAAUUGAACUCGAUAACAGCCGGAACGCCUGAUGAGGAUGUCCCCCCUGGCAACCUCCUACUCAAGUAUGCUCGGGACGCCAGCGCGGCUUCACUCUUCAACUACGCCUCGAUGGCACAUAACAAUCAUUUCUUCUUUAAUUGCCUUCUAACGCAAAUUCUCGCACAGUCUCCUGAACCAGUUCCCAUCCCCCAAAAUCUCGAAGAAUCCAUCAACGAGUCCUGCUCAUCGGUAAAGUCGCUCAAGGCGGAAUUCCUCGCAACCGCCAACGCCAUGUUUGGCCCGGGGUUUGUGUGGCUAGUAAAAUCGAAAGAUACCGCUGAGUUGAGGAUCCUGUGCACUUACAUCGCCGGCUCGCCCUAUCCCGGUGCCCAUUACCGUCGUCAGCCCGUCGACAUGGCAACUCAGACAACGGGGGUUGCUGGAGGUGAAAAUCCACAAGCGGUCGGGGAGCUAGUGAAUAAGCAGUACGGUUCAAUGGGGAUGUAUUCACAGAAGCAUGUCCUGGCACCUGGCGGUGCUGACAUUGAGCCUAUUCUCUGCGUGAAUACUUGGGAGCACGUGUGGCUCCGAGAUUGGGGUGUUGGUGGCAAGGCUGGCUAUCUCGAGGCUUGGUGGGACAAGAUCAACUGGCAUGAGGUGGCUGAGCAUGACAGGAAGGUUGGCCCACGAUCGGUGAUGAGUGACAAAUACAACCAGCCGAAGAAAUAUACCUCCAAUUAUAUUUGA